AUGGCCAAGGUCGCCGACAUCAGUUCGCCCGCGUGGGCCGACGUGCGCAGCUUUGGCGUGCGUCGCAAUCGUAUCGCGCUAACCAUCAGCUGCGCAAUGCUUUUCAACAUUACCUCCAUGCCCAUGAAGGCGUACCUCUCCGAGUACGUUCCGUGGUCCGCACCGCCGCUCCUCAACACUUCGUAUGCCAAUUACUCGGCGUUCAACACGGAUUUCUUGGCGCAGAACCAGCGCUUGUACAACGCUUACACGCUCGUACCCGGCACAUCCUACUACGAAGACGCCAUUAACGACGUCCAAGUGCUCCGCAAGGCCAUUGCCUUGCCCGCGCCGAUCCCAAGAGCGACAUGCUUGCAGUCGUUUCUCCUCGGGCUUCCCGGCGUCAUCUACUACACGGACGCCCAACUCGACAUGGUCUGCGACCUCGCGAGCGCGACCAAUGUCUCGGCGUCAGCAUGGCACCACCGCGGCUCGUGUUUCUACGAUCUCUUUUGCAACAUUGAGAUUGGCCGGUCGUGUCUCUGGCUCGAGGCGGGCGAUGCGAUCAAAGUGCGUAAUGCGUCCGAAGGACUCUUUACGCUCACCUACGCGUUCAGUGCGACACGGUUUGACGCGUAUCUCUGGUUCAAAUUUGUCUACCGCAUCGGCAACACGAUCUUUGUCUUGUACCGCAUGUGGACGCAAUACUACCGACACUGCUAUCAUCUGGAGCAUCUCUUGCAAACGAGCGGUCACAGGACCGAUGUGAGCGCGAAUGAGUGGCGCUACGAGCUUGUGUUGGGCGACCCGACCGCGAUCAUUCUGCGGGAUCCGUGGGUCGCGACCACCUUUUUGAUCGACAUGUGGCUGAGCACGGCCAACGUCGGCAUUGCGGUCUUGCGCGCAUCCCAGAACGGCGACCUCUACAUCAUGUUUGUGACCUUUGUCUAUCUCUCGCGGACGGUGUGGUUUGCCUACUGCGGCCUCUGCGUCACGGCGUACUGUCUCAAAAAAUGGAAGAAGGAACGUUCGUUUGCCGAGGUCGACCCGACGUUGGUGGCGAUCGCGAUCGCGUUCUAUGGUCCGCUCAUCUCGUGGCUGAGCGGCAACGUCGGCUUCCUCGUAGUAUUUUACCAGUGGAUGUUUACGUGUCUCGUGCCAUCGACCAACCAUUCCACGCAAAACGAGCUUGUUGUCGGCUGUACCGCCUAUACACUGCUCAUCGCGGUGCUACCGGUGCUCUAUGGCUUCCUCGCUCCGCGUGUCCACUGCCGGGUUUUUUUUUGGUGUUUUCGCCGGAGGCAACAUGCGUACAGUAGUCACCGCUACAACAACCUCAAGAACCAGAUCCUUCUGGCGCUCCUCCGUCCGUUCCGCACCAACAAUAUUCACAUGAUUGCGAGAGGCGGCACUGUGUACGCCGCGUACAACGCGAGCGCGCGCUUGAAGAACUGUCCGACAUUUAGCCUCCGGAGCGCCGACUGCUUUGUGCUGUGUUAUCGCCACGGCGAGCUGCGUGAGAAAAUUCGCCUCAGUUUUCUGAGCUCCCUCGACACGCGUGAAACCGCGAUUUUUGAGGCGACGACGUCGACGCCGUAUCACUUUAACGAGCUCGUUGAGACGACCAAAGAAGGUGUCAGCUCCUUUGCGCUGCAUAAACCGGCCCAGCCGUCGGUCUGGUGCUUGUAA